UCUCUCUCUCACACACACACACACACACUUUAUAUCAAACAACCCUUUGUUUCUUUCUCUCUCUUUCCUUGAUACCAACAAUAAGGGGGAAAAAGGAGGCUCUUUUCUUUUCCCCUUCAAGUGAUUGAGUAAAGUGAGAGAGAAAAGAGAGGAUUUUGUUUACAUACAUGACACAAGGGAGAGGGAAACAAAAAAAUAAAAAUAAAAAUAAGAGCUUUUGUAGUGAGAAUCAUGUGAUCAACCUCUCCUUUCCCUUGUGAAAAAAAGAAAAGCUAUACAACACACCCACACAGUUCUCUCCUUUCUCCCUCGCUCUUUGUGCUCUCUCUCUCUCUCUCUCUCUCUCUCUCUCUCUCUCUCUCUCUCUCUCUUCUUUAUCUUGGGUUUUAAGCCAAAAGAGAGAUGGCAUCAAGCGCUUCAAGGUUCAUCAAGUGUGUGACCGUUGGGGAUGGAGCCGUUGGGAAAACCUGCAUGCUCAUCUGCUACACCAGCAACAAAUUCCCAACUGACUACAUACCCACUGUGUUUGAUAACUUCAGUGCAAAUGUGGUUGUUGAUGGAACCACUGUGAAUUUAGGCCUCUGGGAUACUGCUGGGCAGGAGGAUUAUAACAGAUUGAGGCCAUUAAGCUACCGAGGGGCAGAUGUUUUUGUGCUUGCUUUCUCCCUAGUGAGCCGCGCAAGCUACGAAAAUGUCAUGAAAAAGUGGAUUCCUGAGCUUCAGCAUUAUGCCCCUGGAGUCCCUAUUGUGUUGGUUGGCACUAAAUUGGAUCUUCGUGAAGAUAAGCACUAUUUAUUGGAUCACCCCGGCAUGAUACCUGUUACUACUGCACAGGGAGAGGAGCUUCGGAGGCAAAUUGGCGCUGCGUAUUAUAUAGAGUGUAGCUCAAAAACUCAGCAGAAUGUCAAAGCUGUGUUUGAUGCUGCCAUCAAGGUGGUUAUCCAGCCUCCGCAAAAGCAGAAGGAAAAGAAGAAAAAGAAGCAACGACGCGGAUGUUCAGUAUUAAACAUCUUUUGUGGAAGGAGACUUGUAUGUUUCAAGUGAAGCUACUCCAGAAAUGUUGCUGUGGUCUUCAAAACACAAUUGCUUAACCUGAAACGUGACCCAAAUACUAUUAUACAUCGAGGCUCGAGCUAGCGGUGCAUUUGUUCUUAGAUUAUGUAAAUUUCCAACUGUUGCUUCAAGAAUAGAUCAAACAGUUUUCCUUGUUUGUCAUUUUUCUUUUCUUCUUUUUCCUUUUUUUUACUAGUCAAAGAACUGCGUGUAUUAACCGGUAUCGGAGUGUUCUGUGUAUCAUGCUAUUUGCAGCUCAUAUUAGAUAUGUUUGACCUUGUUUAAGGCAAUCUAAUGAUCACUCUUUCACCGAUUGUCGACGACUUAUAAAAAUGGUUUCAAAAUUUAAA